ACUUGAGUUGUGGUGCCUGGCGGUGGGAGGGCUGCCUGGCGGCUAUGAAGAGAGAAGUGGCUUCUGCUGCCAGUGCCUGGACUGGCCUAGACCUGGAGGAUGUGGACUGGGCCCCUCAUACCAGCAGGUCUGGUGGAGCUCCAGAGAACAGCUUCCUCAGGCGUUACAUGACAUAGGCCCUAAGUGUUCAGAAGAGUGAGAGCUGAAACUGGUUACCUGAGACCAAUCAAAAGGACUGACCCCCCAAUUGCUGGGAGGAGGACGACCCUCGGCCCCUCCAUCUGGGCUCCUGUGGAUAGGAGGGGCCGGGGCAAGCAGGCCAGCUGGGCUAUGGUUUGGUGCCUCAGUCUGACUAUCCUCAGCCUGAUCAUCAGCCAGGGGGCUGACGGUCGAAGAAGGAAACCUGAGGUGGUCUCUGUGGUGGGCCGGGCAGGGGAGAGUGCAGUACUGGGCUGUGACCUGCUCUCCCCAGCUGGACGCCCCCCUCUUCAUGUCAUUGAGUGGCUGCGCUUUGGAUUCCUGCUGCCCAUCUUCAUUCAGUUUGGCCUCUACUCUCCCCGAAUCGACCCUGAUUACGUGGGACGAGUCCGAUUGCAGACGGGAGCAUCUCUCCAGAUCGAGGGGCUCCGGGUGGAAGACCAGGGCUGGUAUGAGUGCCGUGUGCUCUUCCUGGAUCGGCACAGCCCGGAAGAGGACUUUGCCAACGGCUCCUGGGUGCACCUGACGGUCAAUUCACCCCCUCAGUUCCAGGAGACACCUCCCCCAGUACUGGAAGUACAGGAACUGGAGGCAGUUACCCUGCGCUGCAUGGCCCGCGGCAGCCCCCAGCCUCAUGUGACUUGGAAACUCCGGGGACAGGACCUUGGCCAGGGUCAGGGUCAGGGUCAGGUGCAAGUGCAGAACGGGACACUGAGGAUCCAGCGUGUGGAGAGAGGGAGCUCUGGAGUCUAUACCUGCCAAGCCUCCAGCACUGAGGGCAGCGCCACUCACACUACCCAGCUGCUGGUGCUAGGACCUCCUAUCAUCGUGGUGCCCCCCAAGAACAGCACAGUCAAUGCUUCUCAGGGUAUUUCCUUGGCCUGCCAGGCUGAGGCAUACCCUGCCAACCUCACCUACAGCUGGUUCCAGGACGGCAUCAAUGUCUUUCACAUUAGCCGCCUGCAGUCUCGAGUGAGGAUCCUGGUGGAUGGGAGCCUGCGGCUGCAGGCCACCCAGCCUGACGAUGCUGGCCGCUACACCUGUGUGCCCAGCAAUGGCCUCCAGCACCCACCCUCAGCCUCUGCCUACCUCACUGUGCUCUACCCAGCACAAGUGACAGCCAUGCCUCCUGAGACCCCCCUGCCCAUUGGCAUGCAGGGGAUAAUCCGGUGCCCAGUUCGUGCCAGUCCUCCCGUGCUGUUUGUCAGAUGGACUAAAGAUGGGCAGGCCCUGCAGCUGGACAAGUUCCCCGGCUGGUCCCAAGGCCCUGAAGGCUCACUGAUCAUUGCCCUGGGGAAUGAGGAUGCCUUGGGAGAAUAUUCCUGCACCCCCUACAACAGUCUGGGUACUGCUGGCCCCUCCUCCUUGACCCGGGUGCUGCUCAAGAGAUGGAAGAGAGGCUGUGAGAGAGGCCCCUCCCAAUGCAGAUAUGGCCUGCAGGCUCCCCCAGCUUUUAUAGACCGGCCCAAGGAAGAGUAUUUCCAAGAAGUAGGGAGGGAGCUACUCAUCCCCUGCUCCGCCCAAGGAGACCCUCCUCCGACUGUCUCAUGGGCCAAGGUGGGCCGGGGGCUUCGGGGCCAGGCCCAUGUGGACAGUAACAGCAGCCUCAUCCUGCGACCAUUAACCAAGGAGGCCCACGGACGUUGGGAAUGCAGUGCCAGCAAUAUUGUAGCCCGAGUGGUCAUCUCUACUAAUGUCUACGUGCUGGGCACCAGCCCCCAUGUUGUCACCAAUGUGUCUGUGGUGCCUUUGCCCAAAGGUGCCAAUGUCUCCUGGGAGCCUGGCUUUGAUGGCGGCUAUCUGCAGAGAUUCAGUGUGUGGUAUACCCCACUAGCCAAGCGUCCUGACCGAGCCCACCACGACUGGGUGUCCCUGGCCGUGCCCAUGGGGGCUACACACCUCCUAGUGCCAGGGCUGCAGCCCUACGUUCAAUACCAGUUCAGUGUCCUCGCUCAGAACAAGCUGGGGAGUGGACCCUUCAGUGAGAUCGUCUUGUCUAUGCCAGAAGGGCUUCCCACUACACCAGCGAUGCCCAGACUUCCCUCAACAGAGAAUCCAUCUCCUCUGUCCCCUCCCCGAGGCCUGGUGGCAGUGAGGACACCCCGGGGUGUAUUCCUGCAUUGGGAGCCCCCAGAACUGGUCCCUAAAAAACUAGAUGGCUACAUCCUGGAAGGCCGGCAAGGCUCCGAGGCCUGGGAGGUGUUAGACCCGGCUGUGGCAGGCACAGAAAUGCAGCUGCUGGUGCCAGGCCUCAUCAAGGACGUACUGUAUGAGUUCCGCCUCUUGGCUUUUGCUGGUAAUUGUGUCAGUGAUCCCAGCAACGCAGCCAACGUCUCCACUUCCGGCCUGGAAGUGUACCCCUCGCGCACACAGCUGCCAGGCCUCCUGCCCCAGCCGGUGUUGGCUGGCGUCGUGGGCGGGGUCUGCUUCUUGGGCGUGGCUGUCCUCGUGAGCAUCCUGGCUGCCUGUCUCAUGAAUAGGCGCCGGGCUGCCCGCCGCCGACGCAAACGACUUCGCCAGGACCCGCCACUGAUCUUCUCCUCGCCCAGGAAGACGGCCCCACACUCUGCCCCGGGCUCCAGCAGCCCAGACAGUGUGACCAAGCUGAAACUCCAGGACUCCCCAGUCCCCAGCCUGCGCCAGAGUCUGCUUUGCGGGGAGCCUGUCCGGCCCCCCAGUCCUCAUCCAGAUCUUCCACCUGGUCGGGGACCCUUACCCCUGGAGCCCAUUUGCCGGGGUCCAGAUGGGCGUUUUGUGAUGGGACCCACUGUGGCGGCUCCUCCAGAAAGGUCAGGCCCAGAGCAGGCCGAACCUCGGAUCUCAGGCAAACGGCUGGCCCAGUCCUUUGACUGUAGCAGCAGCAGCCCCACGGGAGCGCCACAGCCCCUCCGCAUUGCAGACGUCAGUCCUGUGGGACCUCCUCCGGCAGCCCCACCCAGCCCUCUGCAAGGCCCAGCGCCCCUGCUCCAGUACCUGAGCCUGCCCUUCUUCCGGGAGAUGAAUGUUGACGGGGACUGGCCACCCCUUGAGGAACGCAGCCCUGCUUCACCCCCAGAUUACAUGGACACUCGGCCCUACCCCAUGUCAUCCUUUCUUCGACCCCCCGACUCCUCUUCUGCAUCCCUCAAGGCAGCGCUUCCUGGGGCUGUGAUGGGGGUCGGGACCACCUCAGAGCCCCCUUAUACGGCCCUGGCUGACUGGACUCUGAAGGAGCGCUUGUUGCCAGGCCUUCUCCCUGCUGCCCCCCGGGGCAGCCUCACCAGCCAGAGCAGCGGACGGGGCAGUGCUUCCUUCCUGAGGCCCCCAUCCACAGCCCCCUCUGCAGGGGGCAGCUACCUCAGCCCAGCUCCCGGAGACACCAGCAGCUGGGCCAGUGGCCCCGAGAGGUGGCCCCGAAGGGAGCAUGUGUUGACAGUGAGCAAGAGGAGAAACACAUCUGUGGAUGAGAACUAUGAAUGGGACUCCGAAUUCCCUGGGGACAUGGAGUUGUUGGAGACUUGGCACCUGGGCUUGGCUAGCUCUCGGACCCGACCUGACCUCGAGCUAGAGCUAGGUGUGAAGACCCCAGAGGAGGGCUGCCUCCUGAACACCACCCAUCUUCCUGGCCCUGAGGCCCGCUGUGCUGCCCUUCGGGAGGAGUUCCUAGCCUUCCGCCGACGCAGGGAUGCCAGCAGGACCCGGCUCCCAGCCUAUCGACAGUCAGUACUCCACUCUGAACAGGCCACUCUGCUGUGAGCAUCCGUGGUGUGCGGCUGGGAAAAGGAAUAUGGACCUGCAAAAGAGGCCCUGAGGCCCAGCUCCACACCUGGACACUGCCCAGGCACCUUUGUGCCCAGGCACAGAUGGCCUGAUUGUGGGCUUUCGUGAGCUUGGUAUGGAAUGUAUGUACUGACUUCCUGAGUCUGGGAAUGGAGCAGGAAUCUUAGUCUGUGCGUGUGAGAGAGAGAGUGAGAGAGAGAGUGUGUGUGUGUAUGCAGUUUAUGGGUGGUGUUUAUGGUGUGGGCAAAGUUUUUUACAGGUGAAUAAAAGUCUGAAAAAUA